CCUAGUGCUUAGUUUAUUUUUCCAGUGUAGUUUUGUAUUGUUUCUCCCAGCCAGCAAAUAAAGCUGUGUUUUUUUGAGUUUGCUCUUUGCCUCUGUGAGUCUGCAUUUGGGUCUUCUCUUACCAGCACACAGCUAGUUCAUGACAUUUAUUGUUAUAUUUUGUUUAUUUUAAAUAAAAAUUGGUAUUUAUAUAUAUAUAUGCAAAUUCAUUGCCUCAAGCAAAUAAGCAGUGUUUGCUUAAGAUAACUACAUUAGGACAACUUAUCCAUUCAUGAAUCACAUUUUGUCAUAUUUUAUAUUUGUAUUUUGAAAACAGUAGCGAUGUCAGCUACCAUUUCACACACUUCACAUGGGAUUUUGUUGGUUGAAGGACCCUAAUAGACUCUAGAAUUGUCACCAUAAGCGCUGCCUGUCUGUUUCGUAUGAGCAUAACAGUUCAGGCUCAGCUGUGUUGCAUGUGUGUCAAGAAAGAAGCAAGCAUGAAGAAAAAGGAAGUGUACCUAAUAAAAGAAGGAGGAAAGGAACAAGGUUUAUCUGGCAAAAAAUAAUACAUUGGGAAAUAAAAAUUAGCAGAAAAAACUUGUAAGAUUUCAUUGUAUUUUUCUGAUUCUAAAUGUUUGGUAUUGACAUCCAAACCAUUAUAAAGGCCAAAAUAUAAUCUCAGUAAACAGAUGAGUAGAUUAAAUAAUAAGUGUAAGUAAAAGCAAUAAUAAUUUGCCAUUAAAUGUUUUUAUUUUCCAUAGUUUGUUCCAAUAACGGUAUAAAUUUGUCUUUCUUUUUUUCCACAGUGAUUAAUUUGCCUUGUUGCCAUUUUUAUUGACUUCAGCAACAUUGUGCAGGGGAAUUAGAGCAUCCAUUUGCUGUUGCUAUAUGUGAAGCUAGCCUUAAAGGCAACUGAUGACGGGCUUUCUGUCUCCCAUUCAGUUAUCCACUCAUCUCUCUUAAAGUAGAACAAUCUUGACUCAGGAUAAAGAAAGAAAAACUCCAGACGUGUGAACGGCACCUCCUCACGACACAUCCCCACGUUAACAGUACAUCAAUCUGACCCUGCUCCCUAAAAGAUCAUCGACUGCGCUUCAGCUUCUCAGUUAAGCUUGUAUGUAGUGAAAAAUCUACCGUCUACAGUGGUGAGGGAUUAUAUUAAACAAGGGUUUAAAAAUCGUGUGUACUUUUUAUAAAGAGGGUUAAGAAGUGGAUGUCAAUGUUAUGUGACAUGAACAAGUUUCCAUUAGAGCACUGAAAUACCAGCUGUUUCGAUAUUAAAUUUGCCUUUAGGAAUUAAUCUGUAAGUGCUUGAAAUGUAAGCUUUAUUUAACGUUGUUUUGUUGUUGUUUUUUCCUAAAAGAAUUAUCCGGUUUUUAACAUACGGAUAAAAGGCACUACUGUUCAAUGGAAAUCUUCAUUUUGUGGGCUAUUUACUGUGGCAUCAUUUAAUUUGAGUUUUAGAGGGAAUUUUUUGUAUUUAACUUACGUUAAAAAUGGUCAAAGUAACUUACUUUUUUUAACGAUAUUUGAAAUGGUCGCUAGCAGUUAUGUUCCCGCCACUGCCUGUCACCAUUAUGGGUGUAAAGUAUGGAGGACCACAAGAGCCACACACAUUGAAAUAAAGGAUUCUACUUAAAUGAUGAAUUGUAGAACAAAUUCUGCAUCUGUGAAUUCAUUUGAACUAAUUUAACCCUCUGGGGUCGCGGGACGCGUCAAAAUCACAUGACCAAUUUAAGAGGACACAGCUACAAGAUGCAGCACGUCAGAGUCUCCAUUUCAACUUGAGUCGAAAGUGCGGACUUCAAGCUAUAUACCAGUUUACCAUGUCAGCCAAUCAAAAAAAAAUGAUAAGGCAACAUGUGACAUUUGGUUGUUUAGGGAGAAGAGGAAGUUUUUAGGGGUGACACCCGCAACGGACAGCGGGCGAGCGAAAGAAAGAGAGAGAGCGAGUUUUCAUAUGUGAGACAUUAGUGACGUUUAGCGUGUUUGGAGGCUAGAGUUAGUUUACCUGCUCUGUUAUGGUAACUGUCUUGAUUAAAAAAUAUUUUUAUAUUUUUAAAAGCAUAUAAAUUAACAAAAACAUUAAAGAGUGUUUGAGAACGUUUAUCCAGCCAUGAUUUGAAAGCAUAUAGCCCACAUUUUAACAGACUGGUGUAGCAGUGAAGAUGUUUAAUCUGCAGUGAAAGUAAUAUAAUAAAAGUCACAUGUUGUACCAGCUGUUCCAGUGAAAGGUUUGUCCCAUUAGCUUGUCUAUAUACCUUUUAAGUUACAUUUCAUCAAACAGUCCUGAGAAUCCACACAAAUGAUCUUUUUAUAUAUUACAGUCCAAAGUGAAUGCAGAUGGUCUCCUGCAGCUUUAAAAAAUCUAAAGGACACUGAGUGUGGAAACGAUCUGUGUUUCUUUUUUUGGUCAUCAUUAAGUGCUAAAAAUUCUGCUGCUGAUGUACUCACAUUUCUACCAAAAGACUUCCCUUUUUCUUCUCAGAGGAAAAACUAUUUCAGAAAUGCAAUGAGGAACCAACACGUGUUAGAGCAAGAAAGAAAACAUCUUAUCUGUUACAGCUUGGACAUCAACAGCAGAUAGUUGUCCUCUUCACCUGGCCCUUUCUAUCUGCAUAAUAUUAGCAUAAAUCAAAGGAAGUGGACACAGCAUCUCUACAAGAAGGACUAUUUCAGAGAUUAAUUUUUAAUGUGAGAAACAGGAAGGAGAAAGACGGAGAAUGGCUGAAUUCAGGUGGAUUCAAAUGUUUUCAUCAGUGAUACUAAUGCUUCAAUUGUCAGCAGCAGCAGCUGACUACUCUGAGUUUAUUAUCAGGGAUGAAGGUGAGGUCACUUUGUCAUGUGAAAAUGUGACAGAUGAUCAAGAUAAAUGUGACAGAACUACCUGGCUCUUAAGUCAGUCAAAUAGAGCCGUAGUAACACUGUUUGAAAACGGGAAGAUUCACCAAGGGGCCGAAAAUAAAUCAGACAGACUGAGUGUUACAGCAAAAUGUUCUCUGGUUAUAAAGAAGCUCACAGCUGAGGAUGUUGGUCAGUACACCUGCAGAAGGUUCAACAAAUCAGGACAAAAAGAAGGUUCAGACUCUGUAGCUGAGCUGUCUGUUGUUAACCUAACUGAAUAUAAGGAUGAUGACACAGUGACAUUGAAGUGCUCUGUGUCCACAUAUAAAGAAUGUAAAUACACUGUGAAGUGGCUCUAUGGUAACAAAGACCUGAGGAUGUCACAGUCUGCCUGCAGUGUGACCUUUGCAACAUCUGAUCAUAUUUACACAUCCAAGAACUCUGAGAUGUUGAAGUGCCAGGUGACACAUGGUGGAAACGUGCAGGAGUUUAUCUUCAGUCAAUCUUCUGGUGUGUGGAAGUUUAUUGUUGUAGCGCUGGGGUUAACAGUACUCAUAAUGAGUGCUUUCAUAGGCAUCAUAUGGAAGAGAGUUAAAGGACACAAAUCACAGAUGAAUGAAAAUGCUGAACUCAGUUUAAACUCUGCAGUGACUCUGUCUGCUCCAGGAACCAUUCAGGACUCUGCUGAAUCUGAAUACGCUGUUCCCUAUUCCUCCAUCAGCUACACUAACAACACCACCAGUAAAGCUCAGGUUGUGGGUCAAGAUGAUGAUGAAGAUGAUGACACAGUGACCUACAUCACCAUGAAAAGUCACAUCACUUCUGCUGCACCCUCCAGUGAUCCCAGCAGCCUCUAUGCUGCCGUCAACAAACCAGUGAGAGACACGUGUUGACGAAACAGCUACAGCUCAUACAAGCUUUCUUACGUUACACUGGUUAUGGUUGCGCUCAGGCCCUUUUCAACCUGUUAUUUGUAUCAGAUUGUGUAAAAAUGUUUCUGUUAGGCAUAAGUUCUCCAUGUUUAACAAAAAGGAUAUUAUACUGCUCAUUUACAUUUCUAACACAGAAUGUUGCACUAUGUUUUAUCCAUAAAUUGUCUCCAGUUUGACAAAGUUCAGAAUUUAUUACUGUAGCAAUCCCAUUAUCCAGAAGGGGGUGCUGUAUAUUCAUUAUAACAAAAUGUGAAGCAGUGGAAGAAAUGAUCUAACAUCCUCAGACAUAAUAAAAGUCACAUGUUACAUCA